ACCGUGCGUUUUUUUUUACUUCCCGAUGGGUUGAGUGCGCGCACCCAAAAAAAGUCCCACUCCCCCCUGGGUGGUUCGGUUCGGUUCCAAACUUGGCGGCAUGAUCGAUUCCAACGUGAGUCUCAGCUGCGCACACUGUCCCGAGGGAGGAUCCACCGCCACGGGUAAAUACGAGGAGGUCUCCGGCUCCCUGCCGCCUCCAUCCCUCACCCCCACCGGGCACCUGGUGGUGGCGGUGUGCCUGGGCUUCAUCGGGACUCUGGGGUUCCUUUGCAACUUUGUGGUGCUGGCCAUGUUCCUCCGGUACCGGGCUCUCCGCACGCCUAUGAACCUCCUUCUGGUGAGCAUCUCCGCCAGUGACCUUCUGGUGUGCGUACUGGGGACCCCCUUCAGCUUUGCAGCCAGCAUUCAGGGACGCUGGCUGAUUGGACGGGCGGGCUGCGUCUGGUACGGCUUCGUGAAUGCCUGUUUGGGCAUCGUGUCCCUCAUAUCCUUAGCCGUCCUGUCCUACGAACGCUACUGCACCAUGAUGGUGCCCAACAUGGCCGAUGGCAAAGACUUCCGCCCGGCGGUGCUCAGAAUCUGCUUCUCGUGGUUCUACUCGGCGGCGUGGACCGUUCCCCCUCUGCUGGGCUGGAGCCGCUACGGGCCAGAGGGUCCCGGCACCACGUGUUCGGUGGACUGGCACACGCAGACCACCAACAACGUCUCCUACGUGGUGUGCCUGUUUGUUUUCUGCCUGGUGCUGCCUUUCGGGGUCAUCGUGUUCUCGUAUGGCAAGCUGCUGAACGCCAUCAGACAGGUGCGCAGCGCCAGUUCGGUGGCGACACGGAGACGAGAGCAGCGCGUGCUGGUGAUGGUGGUCACCAUGGUGGUGUGCUAUCUGGUUUGCUGGUUACCCUACGGCGUGGUGGCACUGCUGGCCACCUUCGGCCCCAAGGAUCUCCUGACUCCGGAGGCGAGCAUCAUGCCGUCGUUGCUGGCGAAAUCGUCCACGGUGGUCAACCCCUUCAUCUACAUCUUCAUGAAUAAACAGUUCUACCGCUGUUUCAGGGCCUUCCUCAGUUGCUCCGCCCCUGAGCGAGGCGCCACCCUCAAAACAUUUUCCAGAAUAACCAAAACCCUCCGUACCGUCCAACCGGAGAGGAAUCUCCACGUGUCCGUUAAUGCACCUUCCACGGCCCAGCCCACUCCGGACUCCAUCCACGGGUCCACCAAGGGGGCGUCCAACCUAAACUAUCCCCUGCGUAAAGUGACUCUGGUGGCCCAUUACCAGGAAUGACCGAACUGACUGACUGAUUCCUGUUCAUUGUCCGUGUAAGCAUGUUUAUCAUCAUCA